GUUUUGAUCCCAGAAUGUUGUUGUUUUUAGUAAUUGAUCAAAAGGUAAAGGGAAGAAAUUAAAGCAACAUUUGCCAUUUCAGGCUUCUUUGACGUUUGUGCUUCAUCUAUACCGAUGACAUGCGUACAAACAAAUUGUGUUUUAGCUGUCGACUUGCAUUUCUGUUAACGGUUUGAGAAGUCAACUAUUUUAAACACCCACCCCCCCCCCCCCCCCUACGCCCGAAGAAAGGGAUCCUACCAGACGUCUAAUCCCCAAAGUAGAGCUGGCGAGGCUUUAGGUAGAGCUGAAUGGGCCAUCGAUUUUCUCACAAUCAGCUGUCAAAAGAAUGCUUUCUAACUGAUAGCUGAGAUCACAGCACGUUCCCUGUAACUGAGAAGUGGUUAAAUGAAUUGUUUGUUACUGAUGGCUAAGCACCCUCUUGCAGACCUUUAAAGUAACGAGUACACUGCAAAACGAUCGUUUUCUUUUUCUCGCAAUUGCUUUUCAAGCCGCGAAGCGCGAGAGGGGAAAAAACCCUUCUCUUCCCAAUUUCACACUCGACUUUCACCCUCACUCUAGAACGUUCGUAUCAACCGUACGACCCCGCUCGCUCGUUCUUGACUUACUGUCAAACAACGCUCGCUUCUUUCCAAACCUCGCAGCAUUGUAUUUCAGUCAUCGGGAAGAAAUUUUAGUCAAUACUCUAACGAGCUAAGCAAUCACCUCCGGUCGCUAAGGUUUACCACUCAAUGACACGGUUUUAUCUAUCUCUAGGUAUUGACCGUCAUUUGUUGGGAUUACAACUAGUCGCUGCUUCAGAAGGUGAGAAUUAACAUUCUCCAGCUGAGGGUUGAUAAGCGUGCCAGCCCCUCUUGGCACAAAUAGAUCCUUCCACGGUUUUUUCAACUUUUAACAUGGACCAGUUAGUGAAAAUUCGUCGACACCACUGAAAAGAGCGCCUUAGAAUUAGCAAAAUUGCCAAGUUUGAAAAUGAUUUGUUAAAAACUAACGAAUGUUUAACUCCUCAAUGUCGCGAAAUUUUGCAGACGUUUUUAUAAUGGGGGGGGGGGAGGGGGGCGGGGCACAAACCUGCUCCCCCAGCAUACAAACGUCUGUAAAUUUUCGCAACUUUGCGGAACUAAAUCUUCUCUCGCUAAAUAAUGAUAAUAAUAAUAAAUAAUAAUAAUCUUUAUUAUACUUUUGUCGAUGUACAUGGGUAAUAUUGCACUCCAGGAAAUUUGAUUACAGUACAAGAUAUAUUAAAUAUAACGAGAACAAUGUGCAAGCUAGGAAGCUAAAUGAAGCAGUUGGUUUUCUUGUUAGCUCCCUGAACAAUUUAGGUUCUAGGUAGCAGAUAAAAUCAAAGGAAAUACAACGAAAAAAAAGAAAAGCAAAACAAAGUAGGAAGAACUUAUAUUUCCAUGAACUAUGUUGCUUCAUCAACAAGACGAAAAAUUAUUUCAUUUGUUGUUCUUGCAGUAGAAAGCAUAUAAUUUUCUUCGGAAAUGCAGACGCCCUUUCAAAUUUGGCAAUGUUACUAAUUUUUAGGCGCUCUUUCCAGUGGUGUCGACUGAUCUUUUCCUUAACUUGUCCAUGUCAAAAGUUGAAAAAACCGUGGACAGGAUGGGCUCCUGCUGUGAAAGGAUGUAUUGGAGACACAUCUAAAUAAAACUAAACAACUAAUUUUAAGUGUUCACGACGAGUUGCUACCCUUGCUUCUUCCAAGGUUUUUCCUGGACGAAUCUCUAGAGAAAAGGUACCAAAAUGCAAAAAUGCGUUGAAGUCAUGAAAGUAAAAGAAAGAUCAUAACAAAGACUUCAGCUCCAUUCCCUCCCACACCCCUCAAUGAUAGAUUUCAUGUCUCUUUUACAAAUCAGCACGUAUUGUUGACCUAACAGCUCUCAACAGUUAACAUAGUUAUAAUAAUAAUAGUAAUAAUUUAAACAUAUUUAUACAGGAUUGCUGCAUCAGUUUUAAGAAAAAACUGCGAUCAAUGCAGGUCCUGUAAAAAAUUAAAAAUAAAAAAAAAAUUUAAAAUGUGGAUAAAGAUCAAAUUACAAUAUUAUAAAAUAGUUACACUAAACGGAAGAUUCGAACAGUUAUAAAUUCUAAGAAUUAUUAGUUCGUACAAUCUUGAAAAGGUCUUGAAUUUUACUAGUCGUCUUGAAAAGUUCUUGAAUUCGGUUUAGGUCCUUGAAAAGUACUUGAAGUCUUUAUUAGGUCUUGAAAUGUCCUUGAAAUUCACAACCUUGUCUAUGCCAGUUGAUUAUAAAUGGUAUGGUCUGCAGUCACGUUCAGGGGCUUGAUGUUAUGCCUGUCCCAAUGCCCGACAGUGUUCGAACGCGGCUGACCAGUUCACAUCGCAAAUAAAUUUCUAGGGAUUAGUGAGCUCGGCAACAGUUCGUUUGGUCACUUACUUUAGGUGAACACCAGAGAAAGCGAAAACCAACACAUUUUAUUAAAAUUACAACGAUUUAGAGUUGUCCAAAAUUGUUAUGAGCAACAAAUGUUCGAGAAAUACUAUGGAUAUUGAAGAAAUAGUUAGUAGGUAAAAUGAAUUUAACGUUCAGAUCAAAGAAAUAAAUAUGCGGAAUUUGGGAGAAAUAUGCGAUCUUACUUUAAUAUUAGAUGUACAAUCAGGAAAAAGCAAAAUUGUAUUUUAAGUUUUGGUAGUACGCAUGCGUUCAGGUAUGGGCCAUUCAAAGGGACGGCUGUCCCACAUGCAGGCAAAUUGCGGCUCGAAUUACUCGUUCCAGUAACAUGUAGUAAAGGCAAGACCGUACUUACUAGGAUCAUUUCUAUAGUACGCGUCCCGUCUUUGUACCCUAACAAAGACAACCCCAUCAACCGUGAUGACGAUGCGAAGCGUUCACCUCUGAGCGCGAAGCACGUCGACGACUUUGCCUUCACGGCAAGCGGUCGCUGGCGAUUGAUGACCGUUCCUCUUCCUCCAUUAGCGGGGAUUAGGAGGAGGUGAUCGCAUUCUGAGCGGUUGACCUUUUAUAUCUUAAAGUAAAGAAAGAAUUAAACAGAGCAUGAACAUUGCUGCCUUUGUCAUUUAUAGAUUCACAACCCCAUGUUUGGCCAAAGUACUAUCCCGUUUGCGACAAUAGCUCUCUACUUUUUGAACGAGAGCGGGUGAUUUAAAUACCUCUGAAUAUGUCGUUAUUUAUUUACGUAUAGCUUCGUCUAUGAACGAGAGAAAACUUACGAACAUGGGUUAAAUAUCUCUUGAAUGGUGAUUUAAUUCUGAACUAAUUUUACCCGACGUUUAAACCCGUGAAUUUCAUACUUAGUCGUAUGCUUUACGAAAUAAAAAUUAACUUUAAAAAAGCCACGUGUGAUGAAUCUCUGGUUAGAUGUAUUUACAUGUAUGAUUCAGACAGGUAUUUAUAUUUAGCGCUUCUGUCAGCGUUGUUGCUGAGUUCAUUUGCAAGUCGAAUGCAACUCAACAAUUGUUUUUCGUUUGUAAACUAUAUCCUGCGUGACGAAUUAUUCGUGACUCAAUACUCAACGCUAUCGAAUGUCUAUUAGCUAGUCAUGUAAAAAACACAACACAAAUCCGUUUCGUCCGCCUUCAAACUUAUACAGAGAGUACGUCCUCUGCUCGUACGUGAACGAUGUUAACGUUCAUCAACAAGGGAUCUUUGCUCCUCAAAGUGGAUAUGUAGUUUAUAGUUAGCUUUAACAGAUAAAUAUUGCUUUUUUUAUUGACACCCGUGUUGUAAAAUGCAUGCGUUAGCACGUGAUUAUACUUCACGGACUCUUAGCUAAAACGUAAGCGAAGUACUGCUAUAUUUUCAGUGAAAACGAUUUUCAAAAAAAUAGCCUUAAGCAAGUUUUAGUUUUUCGCCAAACCGUAAACUCGUUUAAAGGCAAUUUACUUAAACAUGGUGUAAAGUUGUUUUUCUCAAUAAUUUUAUUUAACACAACUGAACUAAGUUCAAGCUAAAUAUGAUCUAAGCCAUGUCGAAACAUUAAAAUACACCUUGUUGAUGUAAACGGUACUCGAGAAAGCUUCUAAGUAAAUCGUUUGGAAUGAUCCGAUUAAAUUUUACAAGGACAAGUUCAAUUUCCUGCAAGUGUGCGUUAAAACUAUAUUUAUAAGAUGAUCACUUUUUAAAUCCACCGACAGCCAUAACAAUCGAAGGCAGUUUUGAGGUUUCUUGCGUGUGCCCCGUUCGAAAAAAAUAUUAGGGAUCUUAAGAUCCGAGGACGGCGACGGCAGAGAAAACGUCGCUGAAAAAGUGAAUUCGCGUUCUGUCAGUCUUCAUCGCGAUUACUCCAAGUCACUUACUUUGUCAAAUGUAGGCGAACCCUCCUAAAGUGGAAUUCCUAAGAACCCAAUCCAAGUUCAGAAGGAGGGAGAAAAUUUCGUCGUCACUUGUAUACUUCCUCUUUACAACGUGAAAUUAGGUAUUUCACGUCGUAGUCGUGCAGUGACGGCAAAGAAAUGUACAAAAAAGCAUGAUGCACGUGCAAAAUUGUUGUUUUGGUUAUUAAACCUAUCGCUCUUGUGACGUUCCCGUUGCCGUCGACGACGUCGGAUCUUAAGGUCCCUAUUGUAUAAGGCUAAGACGUAUCUACGUUUAAAUAGAGAAUACUUCAUGGAAAGUGCUGACGUACGGUAUUUACGCACGAGUUGUUGACGUAUCAGAAAUCGAACGAGUGAGCGCAGCGAACGAGUAAGAUUUCUGAUACAAAAACAACGAGUGCGUAAAUACCGUACAUAGCACUUUCCAUGUGGUAUUGUGUUUAUUAUAUACAUACUGAGACAUUCAUCAUUUUGGCGGCCUCUUUAUUUAAAAUCUUUUAAAAAUGCUAAAAUUUGCCGCUACACACUGAUCGCAAAAUGACAACGAAAACGAAGUAUCUGCUUUUUAGUAACAACGUUUGUUAAAAACAUAAAUGACGGUGAGGAUAUGAGGUAAUCCAAGAACUAUAAGUAAUCUUAGCUGUUUGUUCUCAAUGCACAAUUGAAAAUGAGUGAAUUUAAGUAAAAUGACCGGUUUCAAUAUAAGCUUAAGCUUAAAUGAAAGACAAAGUAGCUCCGACAAAAAGCACAACAAAAGCUUACGUCUCGUUCUGUUCAUCCCUUUCCGCUGUUGUUUCGCCGGCCCUCUACCGUUUUCUUUAUCAACAGCGAAACAAGAGAAACUAUUCCACUCCAUUUCCGAAAUGUUUUUCACUUUUUUAGCGAGAAAAACUCUUUGAGUAAAACUGUUCUCGUUGAAUGUGUGCGAAGCGGCGCUGCAAGCUGCAAUAAAAGGCGGGAAUUUUAGCGCCAAACUCACACACCUCUGUGAUUUCUGAUUGGACGUAUCAUUUUUCUCACACGUGAAAAAACAUCGUUCGCGAUUCUGAUUGGAUAGAACUAAUUUGCGUACGAAAAUUUACGACAUAGCUUUUUGGUGAGUAUUUCUCAGUAUGUAUAUAAUAAAACGUUUUAUCCAAUCUCUUUUCUGAUACUGAGAGGCUCCCCAAAAGGUUUUUGGUAUUCGUGAUUUUUUAAGUAAACUUAAUGGAGGCGAGAUUCGGAAUUGAAAGUAUGCCCUGCAUGCGGGACGGGACUGAGCGAAGAUUUGGGUCGGGAUGACGGGAUUGAAAAACCCUACUGACUAAGAACCUCUUAUAUUGCCUCUCUCCUGUCUGGCUACAGCCCUGAGAGACCAAUCCGUUAUGAUUAAUCUUUGGGUUGCCACGAGACGCGGCGGGGAGAGAGUAGCCUGCGUAGCAAGCGUUUCCGCGCGAGUUCGUCGAGAAAAGUUGGGACGAACUCGAUUGGAAACGCUUGCUACGCAGGCUAGGGAGAGAGAAAAAUGAGGGACUACAAAGCCCAAGCUUUUGACCUUAUACGUUGCUCUCACAAUGCAUAACUCUCUCCCCGCCCCUUCUCACGUGGGGUGAUUUUCACGCUCGUUCUACUGUCCCUGAGGGAACAUGGGGACUACUCGUAGUCUACACACUUGCUUAACCUACCUUCUUGACAGCCGUUCGUUGUGUCAUCACGCAACGCUCCUGACCGUUGCGUGUCAGGAGCGUUGGGUGAUGACACAACACAACUGCGAAGGAGACUAUCUGGUGUGUGCCUUGAUUCCACAAAUUGUGAAGUGGUCUUAAAGAAAGAGAGUCCGCUUUGUAAACCGUGCUUUUCUUUUGGAUAAUCAUUUACUUCUUCUCUUUCCUUUGCAGGAUUUCUAACUCCAGCUAUCUACUUGGACAAAGCAUGGACAGCCAGGUAUUUGUUUUCUUGAUAAAAGUCCUGUUUUCUCAAAUCCAAGGUUUAGUCGAGCUGCUCGUACUCUGCGGGAAAAAAAAGACCUACAAAGCCCCUUUUAUAUCUUGACAGGCAUUUUUUAGCACUCUGAAACUCUUUUAACUCAGAGAAGAUCAUCGCAGUUAUUUACGCAACUUACAGCAGUUGCGAAAAGAAAGCCUGAAAAAAAAAUGCACUUUAUUUGAGUGUCAAUAUGUUUAGUACGAAAGUGCUAAUUGGGGACACUAUUGUUACGUCUCCUACUGGAGACGUGACCGCCAUUUUACGUGGUCAUCCGAGCCACGCGAGGGUCUACCCGUUUGCAGUGCAAAGGAAGCACCGUCAUUUUUAAGUUACUUCAAGACCCUGAGUUUUGGUCCGAUCCCGGGAAUCGAACCCGUGACCUCGUGCUCUGCAGUCAACACGCUCUACCGACUGAGCUAUUCCUGCCACGGCUAAAUACUAUGUCUGAAAAGAGUUGUGUCAUGUUGUUGGAGGACGAAAUUGUUCCCUCAGCAGUACGCUGUGGUACAGAUCGGCUGCUGUGUUCCACGGUGAAUAUCUUUCAUGGCAUUAAACAUUUUUUUAGCUCUAUCUUAGUCACGUAGUAAGGGAUUGCACUACAUUCGUGCAAUACUUUCCAAGGACUGUUUCAAAAGCCUUCGUUGGAAUUCUUAUCAAUGUACAUGCCUUUUAAUAUUCAUUUUACAGCGGUGGAGGCGCGAAUUUUGUCCUGUCUACAAGUUGUACAGGUUUUACGACCGUUAUUGGUGGCUGUGCCGCCAUGGUCAAAGACGGUUAUGGAGCGUUUUACAGCAUCCAGGAAAAUGAGUAAGAUUUCUUAUCUCUACAAAGCUUUAUUUUAUUGUUUGGUCGGUUCCUACCUGAUGAUAAAUAUCGGAGGUUUUUGAACCACUCUUGCCACUUUGUUUACCAGUUUGUAAGGGAAAGAGUGUAAAUCGAUCGCGCGUUCUUUUUUAUGAGACAAGCACCGUUACAUUUGUUUCCUUUCUAGUUCUGGCUGGUUUUUUAUGGUACCCUCCAGAGAUUGGCUCCAAUAACGCACGCCACCUAAUGCUAACUAACGCUAACUAAUGAAAUGUAAAUAAAGCUAACCAAUCAUCGCUUGAUUGCACAAGUUUUCGCGCGCUUAUGUCAGGCCCUCAGAUAAAUAAAUAAGGGACUGGUCAAAAAGUAUAGGGGAGGGUGGGCCGGAGCAGGGAGGGGGUGGGUCAUGAGGGUUUGAGCCUUGUGCAAGGGGUGGGUCGUGCAUUUUUCAGCUACCCUUAGGGGGUGGGUCACCCUAUUUUAUUACACAGAUAGGCACUAACUACUAACGAGACAGUUGACUACACUUGUUAUAUAAAACACAGCCAGCUAGAAUUAUUGCUAAAAUACUCGCAAACCUGUUGUGCGAGAAAGUACAAAAGGGGGACAGGCCGCACAUCUAUACGGGUGUGGAACCCUUAACCUUUUCUUUUUUUUGGCUCUUACGAGCAUGUCCUUUGAAUGAUUUUCCUUUUUUUCUAAGGAAAUGAUUGGUGGUUCUUUAAAAAUUUAUUGAGGUCACAGUUGGUUUUGUAUAAGAUUCCAUUUUUUCAUUCAAGCUUCCUUUAUAGUAGACACUGAGGGCUGGUAUAGUGUCACAAAUGGCAAUAUUUCUUUUUCCUCCUUGUUGUUUUGUUAUAGGGGUUUAGACUCCCUUUUGUGAAUUUUGUUUCUGAUAGUAUGUUUCCUAUCAAAGAUUGUGGGUAGCCUCCGUCCAUCAAGCGUUAUUUUUUAAAUUUGAAUUAUUUUCCUCAAAGGUUGUUUCUGAGGAGUUUUUUCGUAGGAUUCUCAAGGCUCCUUCUUUGACAAAUGCUUUUUUAACAUUUGGAGAGUGACACGAGGUGAAAUGUGUGUGCAAGAAGAUUUGCCUUUGUUAAAAAUGUGUCUUUGCAUCAAGGAUAGAUUUUUCCUUGAAUCUUGUGCCUUUGUUUACAACCGUGUCUAAAAACGCAGUCUCGGUGUCAAAUGUUUCAGCCGUGAAUUCAAUGGUUGGGUGAUGUAAGUUUGCUUGUUCAAUGAACGCUUCAAUGUCUGGUUUACUCAUGUCCCAUAGGGCAAACAUAUCGUGCAUGUAGCAUUUCCAAACUGUUGUUCUAAAGACAGUUUUGCUUAGAGUUGUUGUUUCAAUAUAUGUCAUGAAAAUAUUGGCAAAGGAAUCAAAUCUGCUGUCUUUGUGCCCACUGCAGUUCCAUGGUUUUGUAGGUAGUGCUUUCCAUUGAAGUGGAAGAAAUUUUCUUUGAGGAUCGAUUAAUCUAAGCAUUUCCGGCAAGUAAUGUGUAGGAAUGGGUUGUCUUUGUAGAAAUUUUCAUAUGCUUUGUGACAGACAAUUUCAAUAUACCCUCGUUUUGCUGUAUAUUCGUGUCAAGACUCAUAACGUCCAUCGAAACAAGGAAUGUUGGGUUUUUCACAUGUCUUUUCAGUGAAAGGUAUGAUUUCUGUGAUUUUGAUAUUGGUUGUGGCAGUGUAUCAACAAAUUUUGUCAAGCACAGAACAAGGUUUUAUUGGAAUAUUAAGAGGAAACCAAACAUCCAUGUUUUAACUAGGGGGUGGGUCAUGCAAUUUCCAACCUUGCUUUAGGGGUGGGUCAGUCAUUUUUGUGCCGAAGGGAUGGGGUGGGUCAUGUGUUUUUUAUCAACCACAUUUCCAAAUGCUCCGGCCCACCCCCCCCCCCCCUAUACUUUUUGACCGGUCCGUAAAUAACGAUUUAGAGGUAGCACGUCCACUUAGUGGUUCUUCGUCUACCUGAUUCCUGGUCGAAUUAGAAUUUGGAAAUGUUCGUUUUUGAGGAGAGGGGAAAACCGGAGUACCUGGAGAAAAGCCCCUCGGAGCAAGGGAGAGAACCAAUAACAAACUCAACCCACAUAUGGCGUCGACGCCGGGAUUUUGAACCCGGGCCAUAUUGGUGGGUGGCGAGUGCUCUCACCACUGCAGCCACCCUUGCUUCCCUAAUAGAUAGUAAAAGGGAACAAGCAAAAUAUGAGGGGGACUGAGGCUGCGUUCCAAUAUCUGAAACCCUGAAAAGAGUACCCUGCGUUUCAGCCGGCCCACGCACUCCUCUAAUCCAUUUGUGUAGUCCUCUAUACAGAAGGUUUAGAGCGUCUGCGACGCAUGCAAGAAAACAGCUAAAUAAAGGUUACCUGAGCAUGGACUUCUGUCGUACAAGGGUCUCGCGGGUAUUCCAUGAUAAUGAGCCCAAACAAGGACGAAACAGCUGUUCAUGGCUGCGACUGCCCGGCGUGCGUAAGCCGUGGGUUUUUUUAUUCUGAGUGUUUUCUUGCUUUAUGGUGUUUCUAAAUAAAUUUGAAGCUGCUUUACUUUGAUAAUCAGGCAAAAGAUUUAGAUGAAGCUGUUACCUUUCUGCUGAUCAGAACCUAACCGAAAGGUUUUUGUUGUUGUUUUCUUGUUAGCAUAACAUUCUGGAUCACUACGUUUACAAACUCCAAUGUAACGGAUGCCAACAAGUUCAAAACUGCGCUUGACGAAAGUUUAUCGGACAUGAAGGGCCUUCUAAUCACCGCCAAGCUGUGAAAUCCAUAACAAUAGCUUAAAAGCUUUCAUGUCCACUCUAGUCCCUUUUACUUAAACGCAUACAAACUUCUGCCUUUGCGUUCACACGUAAACGAUCCGCUUAACCGUGUCGGAGUUGGCUCAGUCAGAAGGACACUGGACUGGGACUGCAGUGAGUGGGAGCAAGAGAGAGUUCUCUUGGUGGGAGGCAGCAGUUUGAUCCGACUCGUUUCCAGGGCUUCCAAAUUUCGAGGGAAAAGCCCUGGGAAAGAGUUUGAAUUCAAUCCGUACACCGGGAAAACGCUACCUUGGGUUCCAGAGGAUAUUUUUGUCUCAUCGAUACUGAUGGUUCGCGCGCGCCGAGAGAAAAAAAUAACCAUCUCGGAAGUCUUAUCAAACAGUAAGAACGGUUUAUUUCAUAUUAGGUAUUUUGAGAACGAACCUCUGGAGCCAGAGUAGGAAUACACAGGGUGUUUGAAGUAGAUUCAUUCAGACGUACUUAACUGAGCCACACGUCAAAAUUUUCAUGAACUUAACUCACUAAGUUUGGUUCAUCUCAUGAAAACGGAUUACAGUUUCAAAAAAAAGUUUGCAGAGUGGAUUUGCUCGCUAUUAGUUUGUAUGCUUCAAAAAAGCUGAACGGACUGGCCAUAUGACAGGGGCACCCAACGACAAUUUUCGGAAAAAUAUCUGUUCGGAAGACGAUUUGAGAUCUAGAAGUUUCGGAACAUUUGUUGUAAAAUUUCUUGCUUGCCUGCCUCUCCUAGGAUUUUCGGACAUCUAAAAAUUGGUAUAAUUGCCUAUUUUUAACGGAUUUUUACCCUAAAAAGGUCACCUAGAAUUUUCGGGAGCCUUUUUUCUGGCUACAAUUUUCGAAAAGGUAAGUUUUGAUCCCUAUAAUUUUCGGAUCACUUGACUUUCAGCUAGGAAAUCCGAACAGAUGAAAAAUUUUUAGGGGAAAAAAUGUGUCUAUAUCUACCGUUUAAAUACUGGAAUACGUUUAACAAUUCUAUGUUUAAGUGGUUUUGAACUAUAUUCUCGUUGGGUGCCCCUGAUAUGAAUCUCUUCACAACGAAAUACAGUACACUUCUUUUUGUGGUAACAUUUGAAGCAACAGGUAUAACAUUCGCCACUCUUUGAGUACAGAAAUUAAUUGCACAGUUUCGUGUACCUUUUCUCUCCUCAAAUGGAAUAAAUUCGCCUUCUCUCGUACGUGCAUUGUACAAUACAGUGGAACCUCGAUAUAACGAACCUGUAUAUAACGAAGUCAUUGAUAUAGCGAACGAUUUUCUGUACCCCAAUAAUAUUAAAUUAUAUGAAAAAGAACCUCGAUAUAACGAAACCUCGAUAUAGCGAACAAAUUUUGUCAGUCCCUUGGCCCUUCGUUA